AUGCGGUGGAGGGCACGCGCGGCUCCUUCCCGCGCCAAAGAACGCGCGAACAUCAGUUUCUUCAUCUUCAUCAUGUUCUUCGCGGUCUUCGGAGUAAUAGUGCUUACUGAGCUACUGCUGCUGGAGCGGCCGGCACCAGGAUCGACUAGAUCCAGAUAUAAUGAAGACCUACAGGGUUGGGAAGGAAGGACGGAGAAUGGGGGUGAGGGAGCUGAGCCACCCCUACCAGCACAUGCACCUCUGGACGCAGUCUGGCAACCAGUGGCUGGCACUAGGUUCAGAUUUUACGUAUAUUCGGCGUACAUGGAGCAAAGGACGGUAGCGGCGGUGCGUGUUAUUGCUGCGACGAAAACGCGUGGUGCCGACGCUGUAUUCUGUCGAUUAUGGUUGCCGGAUAACCGCACACUCACUUUGAAAGCCAGAGUCAAGCCAAUACGCGAAAAUUGGAAUCUGAAAUACAGCGCGACUUAUGUUCUGUGCUUGCUACGAGAUUCCGGUGUGAAGCCGCAGGACACUGUGGGGGCCUCGAUAUCAGUAGUGGCCAGUGUAGCACCAAACCGACCGCCUACUAAUUUAUUAACUGUCAGAGAUACGCAACCCAAAAGCGGUAUUGAGGAAACACUUCACGUCUGCGUUAAACCAUUUCAUUUUUCGUAUUCGAGAGAUGAAUGGUUGGUGGAAUGGUUCGAACUAAAUCGCCUAUUAGGUGCGAGCCAUUUCUACAUGUAUAACGAAUCGCUCAGCCAUCAAGUGGCGUGUUUGCUGGACCACUAUAAACAACAAGGUCUCGUUACUCUGCUGCCGUGGAAACUGCCUAUUGUGUCGAAAGUGGAGAUAAGGACUGAGGGCCAAUUCGCAGCGUUUAACGACUGUCUAUAUAGAUCGAUGUCGACAGCUGGCUGGUUGCUAGUAAUAGAUGUGGAUGAAGUGAUUCUGCCACGACGCGAGAGGACGCUCACAGCGCUACUCACCGCGUUGAGAGCAUCGUACAACCCACCCUCGAAGGCGCCGUCCACGUUUUUGUUUAGGAACGCCUUCUUUUAUCUGCGGUGGGAGGAUGACACGGAAGCUCCAGCGCCAUUGGUGACUUCACGCAAAACCCGCCGCUGGGCCGCGCCGCACGCGCUCAAGAACAGAAGCAAGUACGCGCUCAGACCCCGCGACGCGGUGGAACUGGGCAACCAUUUUGUAUGGGAGCUCGCGCCCGGCGCCACUUCUGUCGGCGUUCCCACUGACAGGGCACUGCUACAUCAUUAUAGAAUUGCAUGUGAGUACGGCGGGAUGCAAUGUCUGACGGUGCCUUCGACCGUGGACCGCACCGCUCACCGCUGGGCCGAGGACCUGAUGGCGCGCGUCACCGCCGAAAAGGAACAAAUCGCUAGAAUCUGUCAGUCUGCC